GCCAAACAAUUUCAAACCGACGGAGUCGUUACAGCGAGGUGUGCGUUGCCUGCCGUUCAAGGAAAAGCUCAGACUCCGUUGAAAAGUAAUAUUUUCGCAAGAGUGGCAAUUUUAAGACUCGACGAUGGCCUUGAGAAAUCGGACGGCACAUACGAAUAUUAUUAAUCAAGAAAAUGUGAAAAACACAAAAGCUUUAGUCAAUGCAGUUCCACUGCAGACUAAAAGAGCUGCUUUGGGUGAAAUUGGGAACAAAGUCAAUAUUGUACGAGGUGUUGCACCAAUUAACAGGUCUAGUUUAUUAACUAAAAAUGUUAAGAAACCUGUAAAUAAACAACCCAUUAAGCAACUCGAAAAGGUUCCAGAAAAACCACCUGUACAAGUAAUUAAGCCUGUAGUUAAAGCUACUGUUCCUGUUGCAAUUACUACAACUGUUGUCCCACCGAAAAAAGAAGCUGAGUCGUUCUCGUCAGAUUUAUUAGAGAUUGAAGAUAUUGACGAAGAGGAUAAGGGAAACCCUAUACUAGUUUCAAUUUAUAGCAAUGACAUAUAUACAUAUUUGAGGACAUUGGAAAAAGAGUUUCCCAUAAAAAAGGGAUAUUUAACAGGACAAGAAGUCACGCCGAAAAUGAGAAGUGUUCUUGUCGACUGGUUGGUAGAAGUACAUCAACAAUUUCGCCUGAUGCAAGAGACACUUUAUCUCACAAUCUCCAUAAUUGAUCGCUUUUUACAGUCAUACAGAACGAUCGAUCGAAAGAGGCUACAGUUGGUUGGUGUCUCAGCCAUGUUCCUAGCCAGCAAAUAUGAAGAGAUGUACUCUCCUGACAUAAGUGACUUCGUGUACAUCACAGAUAACGCAUAUUCGAAAACGGAAAUACUGCAAAUGGAAAUGUUAAUUUUAAGGACUCUUGAUUAUUCCUUCGGACGACCAUUGCCCCUUCAUUUCCUUCGUAGAUACAGCAAAGCAGGAAGAGCGCUUCCCGUACAUCAUACGAUGGCCAAGUUCUUUUUGGAACAAUGUUUGGUGUGUUAUGAGAUGUGUCAUUAUCCACCAAGUCUCAUUGCAGCUGCAGCAAUAUAUCUUUCAUUCUUUGUAAUCGGUAAUGAAGAAGACGAAGGUAAACUUAUCUGGACAAACACCUUAAUUCACUAUAGUUCAUUCACCAAAGAAGACAUACUGCCAGUUGUACGCAAUAUUGCUGCAAUUAUCUUCAGUGCUGAUAGUGGCAAAUACCAAGCAGUUAGGAAGAAGUACAUGCAAGCAAAGCACAUGAAAAUCAGCUUACGUGCAGAGCUGAAGUCACCAAGUAUGAUAAGACUAGCGACAGAAAACAGGCAAGAGUAAAUUCUGUAAUAUAGAACGAAGAUUAUAUACAGGAGAAUGAUAUAUAGGAAUUGUCAAUGAGUUAUUUGUUUGUACAAUGUCACAGUCGCGUAAAAAUUAUUGUUUACUCCUUUUCUAAAUUAUAUUACUUGUAAGUUGUACACAUAGGAAAAUUCUAUAGUGUACAAAUCAUUAUCAACCAAAGCAUAAUUGCACGUAACAAUAAUAUUUGACAUUCGCAAACAAGAAACUUUUUGAAAUUAAUCUCCGCAUUCGGAUAAAGUGUAGGUAGACAUGGGACGUAUUUAGGUGUACUACGUACAGAAUGGUUUUGUGAGCAUGACAAAGCAAAUGAAGAAACAUCGACUCAGGUAAUACUGCUGAAUGUUUUAUUCUAGACUACAUUAUAUGAUGAACAAUAGUAUCAUGCAUAAUUGGAAUAAUUACAUACACAACUUUUUUUAUAAUAGAUAUUUAAUAUGUAGUUUUUAUCGGUAGAUAAUUAUAAAGCUGUUUUUGUUUUUGAUAUGCGCAUUACAAAUGUUUUACUAUGCCUGUGAAACACAGGUCAGUGUUCCAGCUCGCGUAUACACAUACAUACGUUAGUAUCCCAUUUUGAUAGUACUGAUAUUACAACAUUCUUUAAAGGGACUGUUUCAUUGUUCCAGUAGAGGAUAAAUACUGCCUGGGAAUGGACACAUGAAAUAUGAUAAAAUUCCCGUACAGGAAUGUGAUUCAUUAAUCAAUUUUAAAGUAAUGUUCUUUUAAAUAUACAUGUUCGCUGUGAAAUAAAAAUUAGUGCUGAAUUUUUCUUUAUUUCCAAUUCACCAAUGAAAUUUAUCAGUAAAUACAAUAAUACUACUUGAUAGUAUGUAAUGCUUUUUACGUAUUUAUUACUGUAUGGUAAUGACGCAAAUGUGUUGGUUUUGAACCACAAGUAAUUGUUCGUAUGUGCAUGGUAUGUAAAGUACAUUGAACAGAUUUUACAAUAACGUCGACAAUUUUCUACAUUUGAAUAUAAUUUUUAUUAAUCUGAUAUAAAUUCUAGUAUCUACUAAUAUCUGCAAAGGAGUGUUUUUAAAUUAUUAAUACUUUGACUAAAUAUAAUUGAUGUAAAUAAACGUGUGAUUUUUGAAAGUAGUUUAAAAAUGCUCUUCCAAUUGUACUGUGACGAAUGUUAUUGGCUGAUGUUCGUUAUAAGUUAUUCAUUUUGAAAUGUGCAAAAAAUUCUUUUAACAUAUGAUGAUACAAAUUUGCUUAUGAUAGUACACCUACAUGUCACGAUAUUGCAUUAAGCACUCGUUUUAUUUCACAGUGAAUAAUAUAAGAAUAUCUUGAAGUAGUUUAAUGGACUUGCGCGAGCUUAGGCACUAUUAGAAAAAGAAUUCAUGCAAUUUACGUGCUUUAGAUCACUUCAUAUUUACGAUUUAUUUAAAACCUUUUCUUCUAUGUAUUUACAAAAUGUUAGACCAAGGCUAAACCAUGUACAUUCGUUGUGCUGUAGCAAAUGUGCAUUUCACUUUGAAAUAUGAAAAUAUGUCGUUGGUUCUUCUAAACUAUCCCAGCAAAAAGUCGACUUUACACCUUAGUCACAAGUUCAUGAAUUGAGAUAUAUGUACAUAUACACGAAAUUAACCAGUGAGUUAAGUAUGAAUAUACAUGCCAAUAAACAGUAUCUACUACUACUACUA